AUGUGUUGCUUUCUUUCAAUUCAUUCUUUCAUUCAUCAUUUUUCCUUCUUUUUUCUUUCAAUUCAUUCUUUCAUUAAUAAUUUUUCCUUCUUUUUUCUUUCAAUUCAUUCUUUCAUUCAUCAUUUUUCCUACUUUUUUUCUUUCAAUUCAUUCUUUCAUUCAUCAUUUUUCCUUCUUUUUUUCUUUCAAUUCAUUCUUUCAUUCAUCAUUUUUCCUACUUUUCUUUCUUUCAAUUCAUUCUUUCAUUCAUCAUUUUUCCUUCUUUUUUCUUUCAAUUCAUUCAUCAUUUUUCCUACUUUUUUCUUUCAAUUCAUUCUUUCAUUCAUCAUUUUUCCUACUUUUUUUCUUUCAAUUCAUUCUUUCAUUCAUCAUUUUUCCUACUUUUCUUUCUUUCAAUUCAUUCUUUCAUUCAUCAUUUUUCCUACUUUUCUUUCUUUCAAUUCAUUCUUUCAUUCAUCAUUUUUCCUUCUUUUUUUCUUUCAAUUCAUUCAUCAUUUUUCCUACUUUUCUUUCUUUCAAUUCAUUCUUUCAUUCAUCAUUUUUCCCUACUUUUUUCUUUUUUCAUUCAUUCUUUCAUUCAUCAUUUUUCCUUUCUUUUUUUCUUUCAAUUCAUUCUUUCAUUCAUCAUUUUUCCUACUUUUCUUUCUUUCAAUUCAUUCUUUCAUUCAUCAUUUUUCCUUCUUUUUUUCUUUCAAUUCAUUCUUUCAUUCAUCUUUUUUCCUACUUUACUUUCUUUCAAUUCAUUCUUUCAUUCAUCAUUUUUCCUUCUUUUUUUCUUUCAAUUCAUUCUUUCAAUUCAUUCUUUUGUUUUUCAUUUUUUAUCUAUUUUUUCUUUCAAUUCAUUCAUUCUUUCACUCAUUAUUUCCUUCUUUUCUUUCUUUCAAUUCAUUCUUUCGUUCAUUAUUGGUUUUCUUCUUUUCUUUCCUUCUAUUCAAAAGAAGAAAAGAAAGAAAGAAAUCAUGA